ACAGCUCAGAUCUACAUCAGCCAUGACUCAAUCAUGCACAGUGCACUAAUAAAUACCAAAGGAGCUGUGUUAAAUGUUUGGGGAUACAGAGAGCAAAAAAAAGAAAAAACCAACCCCAUCAAUCCAGGCCUGCCAUCAAGGAGCUUAUACAUUCCAAUGAGGGAAAUGACAUAUAAGUUACUAGAUUGAGGGGUCUGGACCAACUGGAAAAAGCCCUAGCCCAUCCCCAUGGUGACAGAAUUGUAUAUAGGGAGCUGUGUUGGACCAUGUGCAGUAGGUUCUCUUACAUCGACCGCCUAAGAGUCGCGCUGUAAGAAGCAUCAACCUCUCCUCUUCUUCUCACCCAUUGACUCAGCAGCCGCAAAGCAGCAAUCAUGCGUGAGUGUAUCUCUAUCCAUGUUGGCCAAGCUGGUGUCCAGAUUGGCAAUGCCUGCUGGGAGCUGUACUGCCUAGAGCAUGGUAUCCAGCCUGAUGGGCAGAUGCCAAGUGACAAGACCAUUGGGGGAGGAGAUGACUCCUUCAACACCUUCUUCAGUGAAACAGGCGCUGGCAAACAUGUCCCCAGAGCAGUGUUUGUAGAUCUGGAACCAACUGUCAUUGAUGAAGUUCGCACUGGAACCUACCGCCAACUCUUCCACCCUGAACAACUGAUCACUGGGAAGGAAGAUGCUGCCAAUAAUUAUGCCCGUGGGCACUACACUAUUGGAAAGGAAAUCAUCGACCUGGUUCUAGACAGGAUUCGGAAGCUGGCUGAUCAGUGCACAGGUCUUCAAGGCUUCUUGGUUUUCCACAGCUUUGGUGGUGGGACUGGCUCAGGUUUCACCUCUCUGCUGAUGGAACGUCUGUCCGUUGAUUAUGGCAAGAAGUCCAAGCUGGAGUUCUCCAUUUACCCAGCCCCUCAGGUUUCCACAGCUGUAGUGGAGCCCUACAACUCCAUUCUGACCACUCACACCACCCUGGAGCACUCUGACUGUGCCUUCAUGGUAGACAAUGAGGCCAUCUAUGAUAUCUGUCGCAGAAACCUUGACAUUGAACGCCCAACUUACACUAAUCUGAAUAGGCUGAUAGGUCAAAUUGUGUCCUCCAUCACUGCCUCUCUCCGAUUUGAUGGUGCCCUGAAUGUUGAUCUGACAGAAUUCCAGACCAACCUGGUGCCCUAUCCCCGUAUCCAUUUCCCUCUGGCCACAUAUGCCCCAGUCAUCUCUGCUGAGAAAGCCUACCAUGAGCAACUUUCUGUAGCAGAGAUCACCAAUGCUUGCUUUGAGCCUGCCAACCAGAUGGUGAAAUGUGACCCUCGCCACGGUAAAUACAUGGCUUGCUGCCUGCUCUACCGUGGUGAUGUGGUUCCCAAAGAUGUCAAUGCUGCCAUUGCCACCAUCAAGACAAAACGUACCAUCCAGUUUGUGGAUUGGUGCCCAACUGGCUUCAAGGUUGGCAUCAAUUACCAGCCUCCCACUGUGGUUCCUGGUGGUGACCUAGCCAAGGUACAGCGGGCUGUGUGCAUGUUAAGCAACACCACAGCCAUUGCUGAAGCCUGGGCUCGCCUGGACCACAAAUUUGAUCUGAUGUAUGCCAAGCGUGCCUUUGUCCAUUGGUAUGUGGGGGAGGGCAUGGAGGAAGGAGAGUUCUCUGAGGCCCGGGAGGAUAUGGCUGCCCUGGAGAAGGAUUAUGAGGAGGUUGGUGUGGAUUCUGUUGAAGGAGAGGGUGAAGAGGAAGGAGAAGAGUACUAAAGUAUCACAGGGAUGCUGCUUUACAGGGAAUCAUAUGUGUUUCAAACACUGACAAGUUUUUGGUUGAUCAGUUAAUUUGUACGUAAUAGUAUACACUUGAAUGUAAUUACUGUUCUUUAAAAUGUGGAAAUGUUGCUUAAGACCCAGGCUGGCCAGUUAUCUGAUGGGUUUUGAAUAAAAAUAUUCCCUGUCUUAGA